AUGAUCUCUCACGCAGGCAGACUGCUCUGGGAGCGCGGCCAUGUCCCCAGCGACAGCGGCCCGGAGUCGCCUCAGUUAUCGUGGGAAUACAUCAUCAUCAUCCUCAACUACAUUGUCUUUAUCCCCGCCAUCGUCCUCAUCGACUACACCUUUAGCAAGGUCUUCCCCCUCCUUGCCAUGAUCGAGGAUGACAAGCCUCCUGCCUACGAGCCCCUCCCCGUUGAGCCCCUCGCCAACGGCAACGGCCCCAAGACCCCCUCCACCACCGCUCCGGCUGUCAACGUCGCUGGCCCUGGUACUGACGGCCGGCCCGUCACCUCGUCCUUCCGGGCCACCUUCCGCCUGGUCCGAUCUCACGGCGGCUUCCGCGCCUGCUUCCGUGGCCUGCCCUGCCUCAUCGUCCAGACCAUCUUCAGCGCCUUGAUCAUCGGCGCCUUCUCCAUCUGCCUUCCCUACGGCAUCGGCGUCUUCGUCGGCGGCCUCGUCAGCUCCGUGGCCCUCGUCCAGUUCAGAGCCGCCUGGAUUCACCAGGUCAUCACCCCCACCUCUGCCCGCAGCUUCUGGUCCCGUCUGCCCCCCUUCAAGACCACCCUCAAGGCCACCUGGAAGCCCACUCUCAUCUUCUGGGCCGCUGGCCAGGCUACCUUUGCCCUCUGCGGUCUCCUUAUCAACGCCCUCCAGAUCACAAGGUUCAGCGACCCUUUCAACCUUUCCUACAGGCUCCUCCUUGCUAGCCUUAUCCUUGUCGUUGGCGAGGUGAUCCUGCUCAUCCCCGCCUGGGUUGUUCUCGUCCGUAUCCAGGCCUCCCUCCUCCCCGCAGACGAGGACACCAUCAUCCCCUUCGACCGCUCCUUCAACGGCAGGGUUGAGCCUGUUGUCGUCGGUGGACCUGGCUAUGCCAGCGUCGCUGACGCCUGGUCCAGCUUCUCCAAGGCUGCUUGGCGCCGUAUCAUCAUGCUUCAUGUCAAGAUCCUCGGUGUCACCAUCGGUGUUGGCGCGCUUCUCGGUGCCUUUGUUGGCCUCCAGAUCUUCAUCUUCGGCCUCGUCGCUGCUUCCAAGAGUGGCAACUCUGGCGAGAAGGGCAACUAA